CACACAUGCGCGUUUGAUUUCGUUGCCAAUACUCCAGGGUGUUUUCAUAUUGAGUUAAGUGCAGUCUAAUAUUUUUAUGUUAACAUUUACAACGAUUUGUUCGAUAGUAAUUUAAAAUAUCAACAAACAUUUAAAAAAAAAAACAAGUGAUUGAGUAAAACAUAGACGUGUAAAUUAUUUAAAAAAUUAAAUGGUCAGAUUGAUGAUUGGUGAUGUCCUCAUAUACAUACGGACAAAAGACUUUUAACCCCAUUCCACCAGAGAAGGGAAGUUUUCCACUAGACCAUGAGGGUUUUUGCAAAGCAUCAAUGAUCAAAUAUAUGCGUUGUCUUGGUAAUAAUAAAAGUAAUAACUCUCUUUGUAGAGAUGCUGCUAAAGAGUAUCUCGAAUGUCGAAUGGACCACAAUCUUAUGACUCGCGAAGAAUGGCCAAAACUAGGAUUCCAUGAUCAACAAAAAUCUACGUAACAAAUUUAUUUAAUUUUUAAAAUUUAAACCAAAAAAAUAUCUCAACUCUAAUAUCAACUAAAUUAUCAUCCAUAUUUUAAAUUUCAAAUAAACAAUAGUAAAUAUAUAUAAAUAUAUAUAUUAAAAAAAAACUUUUUUUUAUAUAUUUUGUCAAAAUAUUUUUUUAUUGCGGCUUGAUCAAAAUAUCACCGACAUAUCGUCGCUGACCAAAACAAUACAAAGUUUGAUAUUAGAAGCAAAAAAAUACAUGUGUAUAUAAAUAUAUAUAUAUAUAUAUAUAUAUAUAUAUAUAUAUAUAUAUAUAUAUAUAAGCGUCCAAU